AUGCCCACCCACCUGCCGCACGCCGACGGUGCCUCCCCCGCCGCCCACGCGCUGCACUCCUCGCCGUCGGCCCUCAUGCCUCCUCCAGGGGCCCCCGCCGCCUCCCCCUUGCCCUCCACGCCCUCCCCCUCGCAGCCCGGCUCCUACCCCAUGUCGCGCGUCGCUCCCCCUUACGCACUUGCCGCUAACGCGCCGGGCGGACUGGCAGGUGGCGCGAUGGGGGGAAUGAUGAGUCCCACGGCGAGCGCGCAGCUGCGCUCGUCUGCGCUUGCCAACAACCCUAACGCCUCCGCGCAAGGUGGGCCUUCCCCCUCCGCCAUGCCGCCAAGUAUGGGGAAGGCCGGCGCUUCCCCAAGCUCCUCUGCUUCACUGCCCGCCCUGCCCUCCUCCCUGCACCUCCCCGCCAACAUGCGCGGCCCCCAGUCCACCCCCACCAUGUCCUCGCACUUCUCCCCCUCCUCAGCGGCCCCCCAAUACCCCUCACAGGCGCAAUCCGCGUCGCCUGGCGGAGCCUCCUAUUCCCCCUCUGCGCCACACCUGCAGCAGCAAGGCUACAGCGCCAGCCCAGGGGGAGGCGCGAGGGGCGGAAUGCAGCAGGUGGGGGGAAGCGGAGGGCAGGGGGGAACGGAGCAGGCAGAGCAGCAUGGAAGGGGGGUGGUGGGGUCAAGCGGCAUGGGAUAUGGAGCCAGGGGACAGGCAGGCGCACAGGUGGAUGCGCGCAUGCAGCUGGACCCCGAGGUGGAGGAGGUGCUGCUAGACCUCGCCGACGACUUCAUCCAAUCCGUGACGGCGUUUGGUUGCCAGCUGGCGAGGCAUCGCAAAUCGCAGGUGUUGGAGGCAAAGGACGUUCUGCUGCACCUCGAGCGCAGCUGGCACAUGCGCAUCCCUGGCUUCACAGGUGACGACUACCGCGUCUACAAGCGCCCUCCUGUCACGGAGGCACAUCGCCAACGCCUCGCAGCAGUUCGCCGCUCUGCAGCCAUCGAAGCCAACGAGGCUCACGCCUCGCCCGCUGCUGCUGCUGGCCCCGGCUCCACCGGUCCCCAUGGCCACACUGCUGCUGCAGCAGCACAUGCAGCACAGGCUGGCGGGUUUGAGCAGGGAGCACAUGCGAGCAUGGCGAAGCUAGCAUCUCCCAACUUCAAGGGACCCGGAGGAGCAUCAGGGCCGUUGAGUCUGCAACCAAGCAACGCGCAGUCGCUGGCAUGGCGCGAAUCGCGGCACGCACCUCUGCCGCUGGCUCCCUCGCCCAUGCGGCAAACGCGGAGAGGGCGGUGGGCUGUUGGCGCGGCGAAGGAUGGGGAGGCGGAGGGGGCAGGGGCGGAAGGGGCAGGGGCGAAGGGGGCAGGGGCGGAGGGGGCAGAGUCGUCGACUGCGUUGACAGCCGUAGAGGCGCAGCCGGUCGAGAGGCGACCAGAUAACUGGGUGAGUCCGGCGCUGCUGCAGGAGAUGGGGGAGGAGGAGCGCACGCCGAUUCAGAAGUGGCUGAACCCGGGGCAGGACGAGCUGCCGGACGACGUGCCCAUGAGCAUCUGGGACCACCUGGAGGAGCUGCGCGAGCGCGUGCUGGUGUCCGUGGGCGCCGUGGGCGGCGCCAUCCUGCUCUGCUUCUUCUACAGCCGCGACCUCGUGGUGUUCCUCGAGGCCCCCGUGUACGCCCAGGGCGUGCGCUUCCUGCAGCUCUCGCCGGGGGAAUACUUCUUCACCACGCUCAAGGUGGCGGGGUACUGCGGGCUGCUGCUGGGCGGGCCGGUGAUUCUGUACGAGGUGAUAGCGUUUGUGGUGCCGGGGCUGACAGCCAGCGAGCGGCGCUUCCUGGCGCCCAUAGUGUUUGGGUCGUCGGUGCUCUUCUACUCGGGCAUUGCCUUCAGCUACUCCGUGCUCACGCCCGCCGCACUCAACUUCUUCAUCUCGUACGCCGAGGGCGUGGUGGAGUCGCUGUGGUCCAUCGACCAGUACUUCGAGUUCGUGCUACUCCUCAUGUUCUCCACCGGCCUCUCCUUCCAGGCAAGCUCCUCUCCUUCUAUGCAACUUCCUUUUUUCCCAGGCAAUCCCACCAUUGAUUCUUCUCGUUGUCUUACCUCCCAUGUCCCUCCCCGCCGUGCACCCUCCCUCCCCCCCCUGUGUCGGUGGCAGGUGCCGGUGAUCCAGCUGCUGCUGGGGCAGCUGGGGCUGGUGACGGCGGAUCAGAUGCUGGGCAUCUGGCGCUACGUGGUGGUGGGGGGAGUCACAGCCGCCGCCGUGCUCACGCCCUCCACCGACCCGCUCACGCAGUGCCUGCUGGCGGGGCCCCUCAUCGGCCUCUACAUGGGCGGCGCCUACCUCGUCAAGCUGCUCGAAGGCUCCAAGUCCACCGCCUAG